AUGGGGUUUGAUGAGGUCUUUAUUGAUAUGGUCUGGAGAAUCAUGGCUAACAAUUGGUAUUCCAUUGUCGUCAAUGGCAAAAGACAUGGUUUCUUCCACUCCACUAGAGGUCUCAAACAAGGUGAUCCACUAUCCCCGACCCUAUUUAUUUUAGGCGCAGAGGUCCUGUCCAGAUUCCUCAACAAACUCCACAGACAUCCGGAUUACUCUGGCUUUUACAUGGAACCAAGGGGUCCCCAAGUGAACCACUUAAGCUUUGCUGAUGAUAUUAUACUAUUCACUUCAGGGAGACAGAAAACUCUUAAGCUCAUUAUGCAAACCCUGAAUAAUUAUGAAGAGAUCUCAGGCCAACUUAUUAACAGUGACAAAAGCCACUACAUGGUCCAUACUAGUGCUUUUAAUAGCACUAGGGAUAGGAUCAAGAGGAUCACAGGUUGGCAAACAAGAUUGUUGAGCUAUGGUGGUAGAGAAAUAUUAGUCAAACAUGUUCUACAAUCCCUACCUAUUCACCUCUUAUCAGCAGUGACCCCUCCUGUUACUGUCCUAAAACAGGUUCAAAGUAUAAUGGCUGACUUCUUCUGGGGAUGGAAGAAUGAGAGGAAAAAAUAUCAUUGGGCUUCUUGGAAAAACUUAAGCUUUCCUUGUGGUGAAGGAGGCAAUUUCUCCUUUUGGUGGGACAAUUGGCUUGGUGUUGGACCCCUUGCUGAAUUCUCCUCGAACAGUAAUAGACUCAACAACAUCACUGUAGCAGAAUUUUGGGUCGGGGGACAAUGGAAUCAGAAUAUGCUCACUCAACUAGCUCCUAGCAAUUACCUCGCUGACAUACUGUCCACGAGACUCUAUAUACAGCAAGCUAUACCUGACCAAGCCAUCUGGAAACUCAACAGCGAUGGAAAGACAGGGCUGGACACUAUAGACCACAUCUUCAAUAAUGGACACUUUGCUACCUAUGUGUGGAAGAGCUUUGCUGCUGCUGCUGGAAUUGUAACUGAUCACAGAUCCCUAAUUCAGCUCAUCUUGCAAUGGUGGUCAGCUAAGUACAACAAGGAAGCACACAAGCUAUUACUACAAGUUACACCAAUAUUCAUUUGUUGGAAUCUUUGGAAGAAUCACUGUGCUAGCAAAUAUGGAGGCAAAUCGUCCAAUAUUAGCAGAAUCAAAUAUGCAAUCUACAAGGACAACUACAAACUAAUGUGCACACUUUUCCCUCAAAUAAAAUGGCCUUCAAACUGGAAGGAGCUGUUCCUGCUGGGCGAAAACUAUCUUCAUGACACCAAAGUGGUUCUCAUCAAAUGGAUAAAACCUCCAGCUCGAUGGGUUAAAAUCAAUACGGACGGCAUUGCACUGAGCAACAAGGGUAGAAUUGGAGCAGGUGGUAUCUUAAGGGAUCAAGAAGGAGAAAUGUUAUUAGCAUUUGCUACAACUUUGGGGGAAGGCACUAACAAUCAAGCUGAAAUAGGGGCAGCCAUAUUUGGCAUGACAUGGGUUCUUCAACUAGGCUACAAGAAGGUUUUUUUGGAGGUGGAUUCGCAGCUACUAGUGGAGUAG